CCCGGGCCGGGGGCACUGUGGGUGCUGUGGGCACAACGCUGGUGGCUGUGCUGGAUGUGACCCCCGGUCCUGGCACUGCCACGUGCGCUGGCACCCAUGGCUUGGCUGUGGCUCCUGGUCCUGCUGGCCCUGGCCGGGCCCGUGGGUGGCACCUGGGACACUUGCGAAGGGACCUGCGGGCUCCGGCCCAUGGCUUCCGACCACAACUCCCUGAUUCCCGACGGCCCCGUGGCUUUGGCCGACGGCACGUCCCGCGUCGUGGGGGGCACCGGUGUCCAGCCGGGGGCCUGGCCUGGCAUCGUCAGCAUCCAGGCCACCUGGAAGAAUGGCACGUGGCACAUGUGCUCGGGUGUCCUCCUCAGCUUCCAGUGGGUCCUCACGGUCGCCCACUGCUUCAUCAGGGCCGGGGACUUCUACCGGUGGGACGUGGUGAUCGGGGCCACGGAUCUGACUCAGCCAGGCCCCAAGGCCAAGGUGAGGCACAUCCAGAGGCUCCUGGUGCACCAGCACUACGUGGCUGCCACGGCAAGGAACGACAUUGCCCUGCUGGAGCUGGACCGACCCGUGGAGUGCAGUGACUACAUCCAGCUGGGCUGUGUGCCCGACACCUCGGUGAGGGUCUCGGACCUGAAAUCCUGCUACAUCGCGGGAUGGAGCUCAUUUCCAUCUGUUCCUACAACUCCUGGACCAGAUGUGGUGCUGCAGGAGGCCAAGGUCCACCUCAUGGACACAGAGCUCUGCAACAGCAGCCGGUGGUACGGGGGGGCCGUGCACCCCGAAAACCUGUGUGCUGGGUACCCGCAGGGCGGCAUCGACACCUGCCAGGGGGACAGCGGGGGUCCCCUCAUCUGUAAGGACAACAGAGCUGACUACUUCUGGCUGGUGGGGCUGAGCAGCUGGGGAAGAGGCUGUGACAAAGCCAGGCACCCCGGGAUCUACACCUCCACUCAGCACUUCUACAACUGGAUCCUGCUCCAGACGGGCCUGAGCCCAGCAGAAAGAGCCGGUCCAGAACCAGAGCCAGCCAUCACCUCGACCCCCGAGCAGUAUCUGAGGCCAGUGACAGAGCCAGACAUCAGCCUGACCCCUGAGCAGCAUCUGAGGCCAGCGCCAGAGCCAGACAUCAGCUUGACCCCCAAGCACAGCCAGAGACCGGCACCGACCUCCUCGGCCUCAUUAAUGCCCACGGCAUUCCCACUCCUCAUCCUGGUGCAAUUCCUGAACCUGCUGCAGGACUUCCUGCCUUUCCUGAAGGACAAAAAGGCUUAAGCAGCGGGAUGAGCGGGAUCCAGGGCUACAGUGGCCACGGCCAUUUCCUGCUGGGCCAAAGGUAGCCUUGGGGCCAGAGCCUGCUCCGUCCUGCCCACGCUGCUCCGCUGCACCCACACCGAUGCUGACAUGACCGAGGUGCUGAAAUAAAGUUCCUGUGUUCCUCAUUAA